CACUAGUAUAACUCAAAAAUACAAACUACUAUAACAUGAAAUGUAAAUGCACAGUACCGGAUAUAAGACAGAUACUAGGUGUCAAACAGGAACCUACUCAGGAUGUGGUUUUUCACAUCUUGCUGAAGCCUGCAAACCGAAAGUGUUGGUGCUCAGCCAAUCCCGCUGUUAGGAGUGGCUCCGGCUCGGUUAUAUAGAGACUGAGAUGCUGAAGUGAUGCUGUCUUCAGAAGACAUCAAGAGCUAUGGAGCUGCUUCCUGUCGUGUGUCUCUGUCUCCUGACUCGGUGUGGAAUCACGUCUGCUGAUGGAAACGAGCCAGUGGUCAUCCCAGUGAAACAAGAUGGAAAUGCUUUGUUACCCUGUUCCCUCAGCACCAAGGAGAACAUUGAACAAGAAUACUUUUAUUGGUAUAAAGUUCCUCAGAAUAAUGAAAAACAGAAGGAGGUGUUCCUGUACGAAAAAGGCAAACACAGUCCCAGCUUUGGAUCUCAGGAUGACGGGUUUAAAGGUCGAGUCUCUCAUUUUCCACAAGAACUGAAACAUGGCAACGCCUCCAUCAUCAUCAGAAAUACAAAGAUGGCUGACAAUGGAAACUACACCUGUGUUUUUCCUGAACGUCAAACAUUCCACAUUAAGCUUGUUGUUGGUGCAGCUCCAAAACCAAACAUUAGAAUACUUGAUGAAACAGACAACAGGGCGCUGCUGCAGUGUGAAGCUAAUGGUAAUCCACAACCUGAAGUAGAGUGGCAGGACAGUGCUGGAAACAAACUUCCUGCUGAGGAGCCACAUGUUUCUGAAAGAGACGGACGUUUCUACAUCACUCUCAACACAACUGUGACCAAGACUGACAACUAUCGCUGUGUAGCCACACAGAUGGAAAUCAGCCAUCAGAUUCAUGAUGAGACCUUUGUGCAUAUGAAUGGACCAAGAGACAUCAGUGUGUACGAGGGGGAUGCUGUUACUUUACCCUGUUCCCUCAGCACCAAGGAGAACAUUGAGUCAGAGAUGUUUGAAUGGAAGAAAGACGGUCAGAAGGUGUUCCUGUAUGAUGCAGGCACCAUCAAUGGGCGAUCAGGUCAGAGUGAGGAGUUCAAAGGUCGAGUCUUUCAUUUUCCCGAUAACCUGAAACAUGGUGACGCCUCCAUAACCAUCAGAAAUACGAAGCUGACCGACAAUGGAAACUACACCUGUGUUUUUCCACGUCUUCAGCCACGUCAAACGUUCCACGUUAAGCUUGUUGUUGUGAACAGUGGGUCUGGAGCACACAGCUCAGGGUCUUCUACUGGAUGGAUUGUUGCUGGAGUUCUUGGCGCUAUUUUUGUUCUUGUUGGUCUUGCUGUGCUUGUAUACAAGGGUUGCUUCACACCAAACUGUAAUAAAGGUUCACCAGCAGAUCAAAAGAAAUGUUCAUAUCAGGGUUGUGGAGAGGCAUCUACUAACUAAUUGAUAGUGAGAUAACAACAUAUCAGCCCCAAAACAAAUGUCACAUACAAACAGAUUGGAGUUAACAAGGUGAUGACAGAAGAGAGGAAGUUUCCUUUAGUGCUGAAAAAACUGAUCAAUAAUCAAUCAUUCUAUUAAAUGAUAAAUGAAUAGUUUGAGUUGAAUUAUGAUAUUUUGUAUGAUUAAGGGGUUGUUUACACUUCAUUUUAACAUGCGUCUUAGGUGAUCCAAUCACAGGUGGACAGCUCUAACUGUGUCUGCUCCGUGGCAUUAGAAUGAUUCAUGUAAUGGCAGCUGCUGUGUUAGCUCGUGCUAACCAGGCAGACGUUGAACUGACUGUUCGCUGGGAGGAGAGCUGCUCAGGUAACUGUCCUUCAGCGCUCUGUCUGCAGCAACAGAAGGACGGGCGUCAGAAAAGGUCGGGCGUCAGCUGAGUAGGCGGUCCUUCAGUACUGCCCAGGACACUUUUGUACACUGCUGACAGAAUGUGGCCAUAUGCGUUUCAGACUACCUCCUAAUGUGGUCUGAGUGAUCAGAUCUCAUUGAGGACACGUUGGAUGCAUUCACACCUGUACUUACAGCUGUCCACUUGUGAUCCAACCACCCAGGAUGCAUGUUAAUACCAGGUGUAAACAGGACCUGAGACUGACUCCUGUGCAGCUUCAAUAACAGCUUCUUGCUCUUUCCUCUAUGUGGAUUUAUUCUUUUAUUUUUACAUUCAUACAUUUUAUGUGUCUAACUUUUACUCUCACACUGUUGUCAAUGUAGAAUAAUUUAAUUCCAGGCAGCACAGUGUGAAGUCAAAGUGUUGUUGAGGACAUUAUACUGUAGUACCUGAUGAAUAAGAUGCAGCUCCAUAGAAACUGAUGAACAUGUGAUAAAUGAGACAGUAAAGCAGGAGAAUAGAACAAGCGAUGAAACAGAAUUAAAAUGGACCAAGUUAAAAAGGGACCUGAUAAAAGGAGGAGCAAGUUUUCUGAUAGUUUUAUAUAAGUGUUUAAAGCUGAGGGACUCGGACCAUAAAAGUCUGUAACUCUGGAUAAUCAGGUGACUUAAAAUAAUGAGGAGACUCCUGACUGAAGAUGUUUAAUAAGAGAUUAAAGUAUCUGUAGUGUAACUUGUAAUUUGACCAUGAAGUGACCAAAACAUCAUGAACAGAAUCUUAAAUUAUAAAAUUGACAGGCAGCUAAUGAAGAAUGGACGUUUCUGUUUGUGUUCUCAUUUAAUUAGUUCAAUAAAAUCAUUUAAUUCUUCUUAAAAAUCUGUGGUUGUUAAAAACAACUAAAUGUUACUGAUGAUCCUCAGCUGAAGGAAACAAGAUGGCUCCUCCACAGUCACUUUUUAAUUCCCAGACAAAGUGUUGAAAUACCUGCUAGCAGGUGGUCAGUUAAUCACAGGGUCGGUGGUUCGAUCCCCGGCUCCUCCUGUCCACAUGUCCAAGUGUCCUUGAGCAAAACACUGAAGCCCAAAUUGCUCCUGAUGGUCAGACAGCAGCUUGCAUGGUAGCUGGCUGACAUCAGUGUGUGAAUGAGUGAGUGAGUGAAUGGAUGAAUGAGGAAGAUAUAAAGUGCUAUAUAAAUGUAGUCCAUUGACCAAAUAUGAUCCUGCUGCUUGUAGUUGUUAAAGGUCCUAACUGAGCUCCACAUGGACAUUAACAGAAACAUGAGACUUGACUGAACUAAAGCCUGCUGUCACGCUGUCAAAGAAAUGUGAAUAUUUUGGAGCUAAAGUGAAAUAUAAUGGGACUUAUUGUUUAUUUUGAUAUUGAUCAUUGGGACAAACAUGUACUGCUUCUUUUUAUUUUUUUAGUUGCUAAGCCAGAGUUUGUCAGCUACAGUUACACACUGAACUAUACACUCAGUGUCCACUUUAUUAGGUACACUGUUGUUGACUGUCAUAUACGAAAUGUGCAUUGAAAACAUAUUUAUGUCAGCUGAUGAUGUUCCUGCAGGUAUCAUGUAAUUUCAGGCACUGCUUCAUUGUUUAUAUCCAAACGAUUAAAUAAAACAUGAAAAA